GGCAGGCGUGUUUGUGGACGCAACAGAAUCGACUACGAUGGCGGCCGGCAGCGAAGCUCAGCAAAGCACACCGGUGUACCUGGGCGCCCUGCUGGAUGACGGGGAGGGCGCCACCGUCACUCUGGUGGCGGGGGAGACGCGGCUGGUGGUGCACAGGGCAGUCCUCAUGGCCGGGAGCCCCGUCUUCGCGGCAAUGUUCCGCCACGACACGGCGGAGUCGCGCGGCGGCCUUGUCGACGUCGCAGACGUGGACGGGCCGGUGCUGAGGGAGCUGCUGACGUACCUGUACACCCUCCGUGCCCCGCAGCUGGCGAGCCUGGCCCCCCGUCUGCUCGUCGCCGCCGACAAGUACGGCGUGGCGAGCCUGAAGGCGCAGUGUGAGCAGCAGCUGGCCGCUGGGCUGACGGUGGACAACGCGGCGGCCACAGCUGUUCUCGCGGUGCGACACUGCUGCCCCGGCCUCCGGCAGACGGCCGUCUCUUUCGUAAAGGGCCACACGCACCGAGUGAUGGCGACGCAGGGCUGGGCUGACGCAGUGCGCACCCAGCCAGAAGACGUCGUCGAACUCGGCAAGAUGCUGGCGGAGACGCCACCGGAAUCCAGCUCGCCCGCCAGCCCCGGCCCCAGCGCCGCCACUCAGCCUCCCAGCGGCGCGGCUGCCCGCCACACUCCGCCGCCUCCUGACGACGCGGCCGUCUCUCGCCUGCGGAGCCUCUCUCAAGAGGAGAGAGGGAGGAGGCUGAUAGAGGCGGCCGGGCAGGGCGCGGCGGAGCAGCUGCGCGAGUUGCUGGCGGCGGGGGCGGACGUGGGGGCGAGGAAGGAGCUGUUGGGGAGCAGCUGGACCGCCCUGCACGAGGCAGCACGCAGGGGUCACGUGGCGGCGGCCAGCUGCCUCGUCGGCGCCGGCGCGGAGGUCGACGCCAGGGACAGCCUGGGGCAGCAGACGCCCCUGCACUGGGCUGCAGACAAUGGCCGCGCUGGUGUGGUGCGGCUGCUGGUCGGCGCCUCUGCUGACCCCAACGCCAGGGAUCGGUGGGGGCGGACGCCCCUGCACAGGGCGGCAGAGGAGGGCGAGGCAGGGGCGGCGGCUGAGCUCCUGGAGGCGGGGGCGGACAGGGGGGCCCGGGAUGAGCGUUGUAGGACCCCCCUGGACCUCGCCAGGCAGAGCGGAAAGCAGCAGCUGGUGGAUAUGCUGACACAACGCUGACAUACGGCACUCAGGAAGCACAAUCAGUUACAUCAUAUGCGUUGGUCUUUCAAAUAAAGAAUACAAAAAAUCAA